AUGCUGCACUGGCGGAUGGAUUUCUUGAGACUGCCCAGAAGCAGAACAGGUAGCUAUGUCCCGCACUUGGAGCUGACCCUAUGGGGAGUGGGGCCUGUGUGCAUCGAGUGUCUGGCUGCUGUCGCUCAAGGGGAUUUUCAGCGAGCAGUCACGUGCAUCCAACGCUGCAAAGAUAUGCUGAUGAGGCUGCCCCGAGUGCCUGGAUACCUCUCAAUUCUCUGUUAUAACUUUGGCGUGGAAACCUACUACCAGAAGAAGUUUGAAGAGAGCUCACACUGGCUUGGCCAAAGCUAUGAGAUUGGGAAGCUGGAUAAGAACAUUUCUACUGGCCAAGAAAUGCAGGCCAAAGUUCUCCGCCUGCUUGCUAAUACUUACUUGGAUUGGGACUGGGAACGAUAUCAAGGCAAGGCUCUUGAAACCGUAAACUUGGCUAAUGAGGAAUGUUUACAUCCAGCUGGAUUAUACUUAAAGAUAAAAAUGCUUUUGAGACUGAAAGCACCUGAUGAAGACCUCCAUGAAGCUGCCAUGAAACUCCUGGAUCUCGAGGUGCCUUUAGAUUUCUUUUUGAGCACUGCUAAGUUGCUUCUGGAGUAUGGAAGAGAUUCUGUCGGGUUUGAUUUUCUGAAGACUGUCUGUAACCAAUUUGAGUCGUCAGCAGAUGUUGGAAAAGCCUUUCUGCUCCACAUUGAGCUCCUCUUACAAAGGAAGGAAGACCAGCUUGCCAAGGAGAAGGUUGAGGGCAUCCUUACAGCUCAUCAUGCAGGAAAGGAGCUGCCCCCCAAAAUAUUAAGCUGGCUGCACAACAUUCUUUGGGACCAAGCUGCCCGAAAUUUUGAGGCACAGAAUUACUCUGAAGCCCUGCACUGGUAUAACUGUUCCCUGAGUUUCUAUCCGUCUGGGCAGAUGGAUCUGGACUUUGCCAAACUGCAGAGGAAUCGAGCUUCCUGCUACAUUCAUCUGAAGCAGCUGGAAAAGGCCAACGAGGCUGUAAAAGAAGCCGAAAGAUACGACGCCUCCAACAUUUUCACCCAGUUCAUCAUGUUCAAGAUUGCGGUCUCAAGAGGCAGCACUGAUGAAGCCCUGGUGGCAGUCGAUGCCCUGGAGAAAUCCAUGGCAAACCCAGCUGUACAAGAAAAAGAGAUGAUUAAAGAAGAAAAUUCAACUACUGCUUUUCUCACUCUAGCAGCCCAGUUUGCUUUAGAGAAUGGGCAGCAAGACGUGGCUAUGAGAGCCCUGGAGUACUUAGCUCGACGUUCCCAAGAUGUGCAACAAGUUCUUACUGCUUUUAAGUGUUUGAUUCGUCUUGGUAUUCCCCAAAUCUCUCAAACAACUGAACCGGAAGAAAACAGAAAAGAAGAAAUGAACAGACUUUGGUCUUGGCUGCAGACAGCCCACCAGAGACUUGCUGAGCCGGUAGCAAAAGAGAAGUUGACUUUGGAUGUGUGGAUUAAUGAAGCCCAUUGGUUUCGAAAAAUAGCCUGGAACUUGGCCAUGCAGUGUGAAAAGUGCCCAGGAACCAUGCGAGACUUCUUCCUGCUUUCUUACAAGCUGUCCCAGUUUUGUCCCUCUGAGAAAGCCGUUCUGAUUUCACAAAAGACGUGUUUGCUGAUGGCAGCUGCUGCUGAUUUAGAACUAGGGAGAAGCGCUUCAGAAGCUUCCCGACAGACUGAGAUGCUGACUCAUGCACUUGAGCACAUACAGGGGUGCAAAGAAAUUGUGAAUGUCCUGAAAUUAGCAGGUAUGAUGGCAUCUGGAAAUUUGGGAAGAGAAUUAUGUAGUUUCUUUAAAACUGCCACUUCUGCCCAGCAAUACCACUAUGAGCAGGAGAGAAUAAUGGGCCAUAAUCGCUGGGCUGCUGGCUUUUUUACCUCUUCCUCAGGGGACAGCUCCAAAGAUCCAACUGAGAAUUUGCUUCUCCUUUAUGAGAUUGAGGCCAGAGCCAAGCUGAAUGAUGCAGGCCUGACCAGCCUCCUGGAGUCCGUGUGGGAGCUGCCUCAAUUAGAGACCAAAAUACUGGAAACAAUUGCAUCGGUAGUAGUGGAGCACCCUGCCCACUAUCCAGAUGUCUCAAAAAAGGCCUUGAAAAAGGCCUUGUGUCUCUACCUGCAAGGACAACCCAUUGAUGCUGUGAAGUUCAGCAAAUGUCUGCACAGCUUCAUUAAUCUUUCGCUGCCAGAUGGGGUAUUGGGCACAGAUAUGUGUCCCCUGCAAGAAAUUUGGAGAACCUUCGAAGAUGCUCUUCAUGUGAUUAGCAUCUCAGAGGAAUACCCACAGGUGGAGAUUCUUUGGCUUAUGACUAAAGCCUGGAAUACAGGAGUCUAUCAGUAUAGCGAGGGCAUGUACAUAACUGCUGAGAAGUGGUGCGGUUUGGGGAUUCGCUUUCUUGGCCACCUUGGCUCUCUGAAGAAGUGCUAUGAAGCGCAGCUUGCCGGGGUUUCUGUUUCCCAGAUGACUGAUGUGUAUGGGGAGGUCUUGGCCAAGGUGGAGAGAGAUAAGAGCUUGCGUCCCAACGAAGAAUAGGAGCUACCAGAACUUGGAGCACAGUGGAGGUCUGUUCUCAGGGUCUCUUGGAAGUUUUAAAGUCAUGGAGUUAGAUUGACUAAAAUGACAUAAUUAUUAGGGGGAGGAGGGAAAAUGGUCGGCAGACAUGUUCUUAAGCCUUGGGUUCUGUUGUUCUGAGGACUGGUUUCUGUUUCCAACAUUGUUCUAACUAAUAAAAAUGGCUGUUCCUCCUUGCCAUGUCUGUGUAUCAUA